CCUGGUUGUUGCUUGGGCAAGGGGAAAUCAGUUGGGGGAUUCUUAGAGAGCUGAGAGUAGGGUUGAUAGAGGCGUGUUUUGGAAGCUUGAGGGAGAUAACCAGAGAAAGAGAGAGUUGCAGACAGCUUGAGGAAGGAAACCAGUGAGGAGCCUUAGAGGGAACGGGAGAGAAGCGGAGGUUUAGAGUGAGUUUUCACAGAGGAGCUGAGGAAUAGAAGAUGAGGACUAAAAGAGAUCUGCAAAGUUUCGGGCAAGAAAUCAAGGGAACCAAAGGAGCUGAAGGAAGAGAAGCAGAUGAAGGUUGUGUUGUGGACUUCCAGGUUGUUUUAUAUAAGACUAGACUGGCACCCAAAGAGAAAUCUUGCUCCCAAAGAAAUCAAAAUCCGAUCGACCAGAGAGAAACCGAAAGAAACCGAGAGAAAGCCAGAGGAAAUUCAGAGAUGGAAAGGCUGCAGCGAAUGUUUGCCGGUGCAGGAGGGGCAUUGGGGCACCCUCCGCCGGAUUCGCCGACUCUGGACUCGUCGGAGCAGGUUUACAUUUCCUCUCUCGCUCUCCUCAAAAUGCUCAAACACGGGAGAGCUGGAGUUCCCAUGGAAGUCAUGGGUCUGAUGCUGGGAGAGUUCGUUGAUGAGUACACAGUUCGUGUAGUAGAUGUGUUCGCGAUGCCGCAGAGUGGUACUGGCGUUAGUGUCGAGGCCGUUGAUCAUGUUUUCCAGACUAAUAUGCUUGAUAUGCUCAAACAAACUGGAAGACCUGAGAUGGUGGUAGGAUGGUACCAUUCACAUCCUGGAUUUGGCUGCUGGCUCUCUGGUGUGGACAUUAACACACAACAGAGUUUUGAAGCUCUGAAUCAGCGAGCUGUGGCAGUAGUGGUGGAUCCAAUUCAGAGUGUUAAGGGGAAGGUUGUGAUUGAUGCUUUCCGUUUGAUAAAUCCCCAAACCAUGAUGCUUGGCCAAGAGCCUCGACAGACAACAUCAAAUCUUGGGCAUCUUAACAAACCAUCCAUUCAGGCUUUGAUACACGGAUUGAACAGGCACUAUUACUCAAUAGCUAUUAAUUACAGGAAGAAUGAACUCGAGGAAAAGAUGUUACUGAACCUACACAAGAAGAAAUGGACAGAUGGGCUUACACUUAAACGAUUUGAUACCCACUCCAAAACCAAUGAGCAGACCGUUCAGGUUAGUGAAGGUUUCAGUGACUUUCAAAUUUAUAGCGCAUUACAGUUAUGGGAAUAUAUGCUCAAUUUGUUUUUGUGCUGCAUCUGGCACACUCCUACCCCAGUUUCUAUCUGUGUGAUGUCUUCUAUUCUCUUGGACGUUCAAAUUAUUUUGUUGAGAUUUGAUGUCUUGUUCUCCAUGAGCAACCUAACAGGUUGAUGGCCUUCUUGUUUCUACUUAGUAAUAGCUUUGAACUGUUUGGGAUGGGGAUCAGUGUGGGGGUUGGUCUUGUUUUAUUUGAGUGGAGAGUAGAAAAAGAAUUUAACCAAUUCAAAAUGUUUUGCAUUUGUGGGCAUGCAACGGGCCCUUAAAUGUAAUUAGUAAGAAAGCUGACAAGCUUGUUGUCAUGGAAGGGACUAAAGGCAACCUUUCUAUGCAAGUUACAAUGAGAAGACUCUAUUUGAUUGAUAUAUAUUGAACAGAUAAACAUGCUUCUCAAAUAUUUUUGGAUGUGCAGGAGAUGCUUAGUCUAGCUAUCAAGUACAACAAGGCUGUACAGGAAGAGGAUGAGUUGCCACCGGAAAAGCUGGCAAUUGCAAAUGUUGGAAGGCAAGAUGCUAAGAAGCAUCUUGAAGAACAUGUCUCCAACUUGAUGUCCUCAAACAUUGUCCAAACUUUGGGAACCAUGCUCGAUACAGUUGUGUUCUAGACUGAAAUGUUCAGAACCAAACUUAACACCAGCCUGUUGUAGACAUUGUUGAAUUACAGAUGAACAACAGUUUGGGAAUGCUUUCCAUUGAAUUUUUUUUCUGUUAAUUUGCUUUUAAUUGCUAGAAAGACAAUGUUGUUCCAGCGGAAGCAAAAAGUAGUGUGAAAGUAAUGGAGGCCAAGUAUCAUGUGUCUUACUGAUUUGUACCAUGGAUGGAUCUUGAUCAUCAUUUAUGUUUGUUCCUCAUUUUUCGCAUAUUGCAAGUCCUGCGAGCUUUUCUUA